GUCAUACAGGCACGAGCUGGGACGCCUAAGUUUUGGGGUCCUUGCAGUGACGUAGGAAGUGUGCGCCGGCGGUUGUCAUGCUGCUGCUCUAGCAGGCAGGGGACGUGCGUGCAGUAAUGGCAAGCAGCGUCUGGGAAUCCCUAUAAUGUCCGGUGCACCGCUUGUGUGAUUCCCCCGCCAUGUAUAUGAAGAGGCUUCCCUUGCUGGUCCGCUGCUGCCUGCAACCACUGGCCCGGCACUUGCAGUCAUCUGUCCGCCGCGGAGAUGUUGCCCUCCGCAAACGGGCCAUGUGUAGACCGCUUUCUAGUAACGCUAGCAAGUCUCUGGACACCUCGCUCUUCGUCCCUGUUGAAAUAAAAAACGCAGACACUCCGGAGUCAGACAUCGGGGCUGAGCUGACCCAGGCUCUCAAUAAGAGUGAAGUAUUGAAAGUUUUAAACCGGUUUUAUAGAAGGAAAGAAAUACAAAAGUUGGGAGCAGAGAAUGGGCUUGAUGCUCGUCUUUUUCACCAAGCUUUUAUCAGCUUCAGGAGGCACGUUAUGGAAACUGACCCUUUACAUGUAGAUCUUCACAUCGUCUUGAAUGAUAUUUGCUGUGGAGUUGGUCAUAUUGAUGAUAUUUUUCCAUUCUUCAUGAGACAUGCCAAACGAAUAUUUCCAAUGCUGGACUGUCUGGAUGACCUCCGCAAAAUAAGUGACUUGCGGUUACCUCCUAAUUGGUAUCCUGAAGCGAGAGCUAUUCAACGCAAGAUCAUUUUUCAUUCUGGGCCUACAAAUAGCGGCAAAACCUAUCAUGCAAUACAGAGAUAUCUGAGUGCGAAGUCAGGAAUAUACUGUGGUCCCCUCAAACUGCUUGCACAUGAGAUCUACAAAAAGAGCAAUGAAGAGGGAGUGCCUUGUGAUUUAAUCACAGGGGAGGAGAUGAUCUAUGUAAAUGCUGAUGGCAAAGCAGCCGCACAUGCAGCAUGUACCAUAGAGAUGUGCAGCUUGAACACACCUUACGAAGUCGCCGUGAUAGAUGAAAUUCAAAUGAUAAGAGAUCCUAGCAGAGGUUGGGCAUGGACCAGAGCACUCCUCGGGCUUCGGGCACAAGAAGUUCAUAUAUGUGGGGAGUCUGCUGCUAUUAAUUUAGUCACCGAGUUGAUGUACACUACGGGGGAGGAAGUAGAGGUGAGGAAUUAUGAAAGACUGACACCCAUUAAGAUCUUGGAUCACGCACUUCAGUCACUGGAUAACCUCCACCCAGGAGACUGCAUUGUUUGUUUCAAUAAGAACGAUAUCUAUUCUGUGAGUCGGCAGAUUGAGGCCCGGGGAUUGCAGUGUGCUGUCAUUUAUGGCAGCCUACCCCCAGGGACAAAACUUGCUCAGGCAACAAAAUUUAAUGAUCCAAAUGAUCCAUGUAAAAUCUUGGUGGCCACAGAUGCUAUUGGAAUGGGGCUGAAUUUGAGCAUAAAACGGAUCAUAUUCAAUUCCUUGAUUAAACCAACAGUCAAUGAUAAGGGAGAAAAAGAGAUCGAUAUCAUAUCCACAUCCCAGGCCCUUCAGAUUGCAGGACGAGCCGGCAGGUUCAGCUCCAUAUUUAAGGAAGGAGAAGUCACCACCAUGCUGCAGGAUGACCUUGUGCGGCUGAAGGAAAUUCUGAGCAAGCCCGUCUCUGAAAUACAGGCUGCGGGCUUGCACCCCACUGCAGAACAGAUUGAAAUGUUUGCUUAUCACCUGCCUGAUGCUACUCUGUCCAACCUCAUAGACAUAUUUGUGAGUCUCUCCCAGGUGGACGGGCGCUAUUUCGUGUGCAAUAUUGAAGACUUUAAGUUGAUCGCCGACAUGAUCCAGCACAUACCUCUAAACUUAAGAGCACGAUAUGUGUUCUGCACAGCUCCCAUAAACCACAGCUUGCCAUUUGUUUCUACUUCCCUGCUAAGGUUUGCCCGACAGUUCAGCAGGAAUGAGCCUCUCACGUUCCAGUGGGUUUGUAAACAUGUUAACUGGCCCAUUUCGCCUCCUAAAACCAUUAAAGAUUUGAUGCAUCUAGAAGCUGUCCAUGACAUCCUGGAUCUCUACCUGUGGUUAAGUUAUCGCUUUAUGGAUAUGUUUCCAGAUGCAGACCUAGUGAGGUCUAUACAGAGAGAGCUGGAUUCCAUCAUUCAGAGAGGAGUUUAUAGCAUCACUAAACUGAUUGCAGCCUCAGAGAACAAUGUUGCUCUUCAGGUCAUUGAUGAGCUCUCCACUAAUCAUGGGACCGUUCCAGAUGAGAAUCAGCGAUCUGUACAUAGGAGAGGACGAUCAGUUAAGCAGAUACCAAUGAAUUCUGAACAAAAUAAUACAUCUCUUACCUCUCGAUUGGUUCAGGAUGGACUUCUUACACCAGAUAUGUUAAAACAGUUAGAGAAAGAAUGGCUGUCUCGUCAGUAUAGACAUGGAAACCAGAACAGUUUAGUACAUGAAAUGGACAUUUCAAAACCAAGAAAGAAGAAAUAGCACACUGAGAUACAUACUAUUUUAAUAUAAAAAUAAAAAGACUUUGUCAAGAAACUGCA